CACUGAAGUUUUAGGCGGAUUCUGUCAUCUGUGUGCCAGAGACGAGCUGUCAAUAUACAUAUUUCCAUUAAAUCCAGAAAAUAUUAAAGAUGCUCACUUCAUCAUUGUUCGGCGGCCUACGGGCAGCUCGUACCUCGGUAAUGGUCACCAGGAAUCUAGCUGCGGCACAGAAAGUCAAUGAUCCUAUACAGCAGCUUUUUUUGGACAAAAUUAGAGAAUACAAACAGAAGAGUGCUGGUGGUAAAUUGGUAGACCCCAGCCCAGCAAUAGAAAAAGAAUUGAAAACUGAAAUGGAAAAGCUUGAACGUCAGUUUGGAGGUGGAAAGGGAGUGGACAUGACCUCAUUCCCCUCAUUCAACUUCCAAGAACCAACUCUAGACCCCAUCGAUGAACAAGCUCAGAAGAAGUGAAGUGCCGUAUAAUAAAAUAAAUGAUAAAUUAGAUUUAAAAUAAUCAAUCAAGUCACAUGUUAAAUGUGUUAUUAAAUUAAAGCCUGAUUAAUC